GCAAGAUGGAAUAGAGUGAGUAUGCGUGAGAAUCAUGUUUCACCCGACGUCAUUUCUGACCGCGUUAACACGGGUCCCAAACGACGAUUCACAAGCUUCAUGUUCCUCUGCUAUCUCGUGCUGAGACCGCUAUGGGCAUAUGCACCUCUUGCUUUCGUGCGAAACGCAGACGUAGAGUUCGAAACUUGACAUCAACUUCUGACUCAAGGUCAAAACUCGGCUUCGACGAUGAACGGCGACCUCUUCUAGGGGCUGCAGCUGAGGCUAACGCCCGAGAGAGGUAUUACGAAUACGAAACGAGAUGGGCGAACACUAUUCAGGCUUUGCAGAGGGGCAAGAUACCGUCUGAGAAACAACUGAAUCGGGCGUUGAGAUGUAGUUUGAAGUUGCUGGAUGCUAUUGGCGUGAACAGGGAUUACGAAGGAGGGAUGAGUGAACAAGGCAGGAGAUUAUUCGUGGACUUGAGAGAAAUGGUUGAAGCGAUAAUGAUAUGGGGAAUAGAGAAGAAUUACGACUCCAAACUUCAGACCAUCGUUCAUAAAGUUCGCCUUCUAUCUCAAGCGCAGGAAAAACCAGAGAACGAUUAUGUGUCGAUAAUACGCCUCCUUCUCACCUCCACGGCCUUUCGUAUGCUCGCAACCAACCUACUGUUACUCUUCACCAGGCAUAUCACCAAUAGGGUCUCUUCCGUCGCUCAGAACGUGGAAACAGCUGCCGAAAAUAUCGAGAAUGUCGUGCAUGGAGUAGAGAACGCGAUUGAACAAGUUGACACGGUUGUGCAUGGCGUGGAUACAUUAGCGGAGGGCUUCGAAGCAGCUGCGCAGACUACCCUAGAAGCUACAGCUCUUGCUGUUGAUGGACAGCCGCAGGAUGCUAUGAGAGCUUUUGGUGAAGGGGCAGAUCGAGUUUCCAAGGGUAUUGAUGAACUGGCCUCGGACAGAAGGCCAGAUAAAGGCAAAACAAGGCAGUCAAACGAGCUCAGUGAGUCUGAAAGGCGACAGGUAGUCAUUGAAACUUUGAGAGAGAUUUUGUUAGUGGCACACGUCGACCGCCCCGAACAUAUCGCGGCCGUACGCUCCAUCUUGACGCUCGGUGAAGAUUUCAUCAAAGAUGCUACACCGAACUCGCCUACUGUUACAGUCGACCCGCCAUCCGAGUCACGAGUAGAGAUAUCUCCAGAUCUACCUCCAUCCUUGCGAAUAUUUUCUGUCCCCUCUUCUUCACCAACCCGCCCCUGUCCUAAGGCCGCCGAUCAGCUUCUCGCAACCACGAUAUCGGACCUGAAAGCUCUUCUUCAGCGACUGGCCGGAGGAAAGUCAUUUGAUGGAGUAGUUGAAGCGUUCAGACAAGUCAUUGAGGACAUAGAGGAAGAUCGGACUCGGACAGAUGAAGAUGCGGAGACUGACGCAAAUGUUCUGCCAGAACACUUGCAUCACGAAGGAUUCACACAGGAUGGAAACUCGGAUGUUAACCUGAUCAAGUCGUCCAUCGCUGUCCUGAAACAAGCUUUCGAUAAUCCAGCUUACAUAGAAGAUGUGACGAAAGAUGGGAAAUCAGCAUUCACGAAGGAUUUGGAUGGUUUAAUGGAGCGUUGGGCGGUCGCAGCGCAGGAAACACACCAACACGUCUCCGAUAGCGAUAUGAACCCAACCUCAAGCCCGCUUCCUCUACCGCAACGGCAGCGCAAACACCUGCACACCUUCAUCAUCGAAUUGUCAUCUUUCAUUACCUCUCUAGAGAAUGACAAACCCACCAGACGGCUGAUUGAUACUUUCAAACUACUCGAAACUGACUUCCUGGAUUACUUUUCAGAAAAAUCUGUCUUAGAUUUGGGCUCGUCAGCAGCGCACUUGGGAUCUCAUCAUCUUCGUUUUAUCACCGACAUUAUUGGGCAUGUUCUGCCCCGAAUCAUCGGUAGAGCCCUUUCGCCCUCUUCCUCAUCCUCUGCUUUUGCUCUGCCGCUUCCGCUUCCACGUCUAGAACUGAAGAUGCCUUCGCUCGAGACUGUCGUUGACCUGCGCGGGAUGGUGGUGAAUGUCGAUGUCGAGAAACGGGUAUCAAAGCGAUGGUGGGAAUUUUGGGAUAGACCAGUUGAGGAAGAGGAAGAGUAUUGGUGGGGCGAUCGAAGCAGACGAUCUUCCGCACGAAGGGCAAGCUGGAGCGAGUCACCAUUGGAAAAUUCGAUGUACUCGACGUUUACACCAUCAUCUUCUGUUACUGAUGGGGGUGAUGUGAGGGAGGACAAUUGGUUUGCGGAUUUCCUGACACCCCGAAGUGUUUCUGUGAAGAGAUCGGAGGAGGUUGUGAUUGAUUUCAGUCGUGAGGUUGAUGUUGCUGACGAGGAGAAUGAAAGGACGCCCUUGGUCGAUUCUUCUCCGACGAGGAAGAGAUAUGACAGGCAAAGGUGUAUUGCAACGUCGACUUCAACGUCAAGUCGAGCCCAUGUGAAGAUGGAUGGCCUGUUUGUCGGCCUCCCUAAUCUAUCUCCCCAAUGUCGAAAGAUGCGGAUUGUCUCGUUUGAGAAUAUCGCGUACUAUGUGAACUACACCUUGUGGUGGCUACUUGGCUAUCGGGACGAGGGUGUUUUAGACCUGGAUGUUGCUCUCACCGACUCUGGGAACGGAGAGGAAGGUGGGGUGGUUGAUAUGGACAUUGAAGUCAACCUCGGUUCUGCAAACCAAAAGACAGAAAGAGGUUUCAAGAUACACUCCCUUGUUCUCACCCUUCCCCGGAGUAUACAUAUUGGCGCCUUGUGUACGUCCAACAGACAUCCGCUCCUCACUUCUUGCGUUCUGGACCCUCUCGUCAUACCACUUGCUCAGCGUGUCGCGAGAGUCGAGACGGAGCGUGUUGCUGGAGAAACGCUUCGGUCAAUCUUGGAGGAGGGAGGGAAUAGGAUCUUGGACUUGAUGGGCACAUUCAAGGGCAAUGAGGGGGGUGAGGAUGAUAAGGGAAGGUGGUGGAAGUUGCUUGUGGGUUCGAGUUCUCCCCUGCAAGAAGAAGAAGAACGAGAUGCUGGCAGCGCUCCAACUAGGACCGACGUCGAUGUCAGUUUGACCGGCGUUGACAUCAAGGUUUCUGAGGAGAAUACGACGACGUCUGGGUCUGGAUCCGUCUCUCCUCAGCUUGAAAUCGCUGUUGGCCUCACGCCUCAGAUCAUUCCGUCAGAAGCGGAACCUCACGCUCCGGUACCAGUUGGUAGAGUCGCUGAGAAUGUUGCGGAGGAGGUUGUUGCGCAGUCGUCUUCUAAAGUGGUUGAGGAUGCCGCGAUAGUAACUGGAACUGUGAGGGGGAUUCUGAAAGGUGUCAACGGGACUGGGAGGAAGAGACGUCAGGUUCGGUAUAAGGAGGACGAAACUGAGGGACCCAAGGAACCUCAAAUGGACAGAGAGUGGGGAGGUUGGAGGAGUGACGUGUUCGACUGGUAGCUCUUUAAUUUUUUUUCGGGGCUUUUCGUGCCUUCUUUUCCUUUUCUUUGUAGGUUAUUUGGGUGACUUUCUACUCUGUUCUUUCCGUCCGUAAGUCUGACACACACGGAUAUUCUAUCUAACGCAAGGGAUACACGGGAGUCGUGUAGAGUUUUUGAUACAUGUCUUUGGUUACAUGUCUUUGGUUACUGUACAAUACCCAGAAGAACAAGCGAAGGAUGUAAGUUUGUAUGGUACUAUGUACUUCCGAUAAUCACAUGAUUUCACCCA